AUGUUGUUACCUAUCCCAACCAAACCUCGGACUGAUGUGAGUAUGGAUAUUGUUUUGCGCCUUCCUCGAAUUCAGCAGGGCUUUAAUUUUAUCUUUGUAAAGUUGCCCAAGAAGGUUUCAUUGUACAUGAAUCCGAAUUUAUGGAGAAUUGGCUCAUUCAACGAAUUGAAGCACAACUGGAGGAUUUUGUAUGAAAUGAAAGCCAUGGACUGGUUUUCUUGGCUAUCAAAAACUGGCCUAGAUCCUUCUUUCGUUCAUCAGUACGCCAUAAGUUUUGUUCAAAAUGAACUCCAACAAGAUGACAUAGCUUAUUUUAAUCACGACUUGCUACAGAGCAUGGGAAUUACUGUGGCAAAACAUCGGCUCGAGAUUCUCAAGCUUGCUAUGAAAGAAAAGGGCAGGAGAAUACACCCAAUGUUAUGGUUCAUUUUUGCCAUCAAGCAUGCCAAGACAUUUCUUGCUAAGCAUGUUCGGGGUUUGGUUCAUAAUGAAAAUUCGGCUUUUGUACCGAGAAGGAAUUACAGUUUGAGAUGGAAGGUAUCUAUGCUGCAAAGGAACAAGAUGUUGAGAACAACAACGCCAAAAAUGCAAUUUAUGCUAACAAAUGGAGAUUCCGUUGCUGAGUCUGGCCAAAAGAUUUUGAUGCUGACAAAUGGGAGCCCCUCAGUGGACUCUCAGAGCUCUGGCUCGGACAAAAACUCGCAUAUCUCAAAUAAGACAUGGAGUCAUGAAAAAAUGGACGUCAAUGAUGGUCAGGAUUGGUUGAGUAGUGUCGAAGACAUCACGUGGGAUACAAUGUUUCAGAAUUUGAAACCCACAUGA